CCCGUUAACUUGCUAGUAGCACUAACUACUAAGUAGCCCCGGAGUAGUCGUAGUUAGUGUCUGUUCCAGUCUUGUCUCCCAAGGCCAAAAAAAGUGAUAAUACCAAAUUACAACCUGGGACAAACAGACAGGUAAUUUCCCUUGGUGGAGGCUCAUCGACGGUAUUUUUGCACAUUUGCCUUGUCCCCCACCUCAACCCAUCAGCAAGUCAGUGAGUGAGUGAGGAGUGAGGGAGGGAGUGAGAGCAAGUUAAGUAAGUACUGUACCUAACUGAGAGUUGUGUAUAGUCAUGGUCAUGGUUGUCUUUGUGCAAGUCCACUCACUGUACGAGUAUCAUUUUCCUCCUUUUGAUCAUUGUUUAUCUUCUUCGUCUUCCUCCUCCUCUGAUCUCCUCUUCUUUUCUUCCCAUUCGUUCGUCCUCUUUCAUCCUCCUGCAUUUACCUCUUCUCUCUCGCUCCCCCCAGACGGUAGUACCUCAAAUUCUUUUUUUUCCCUUUUCCUAUCUAUCCUUCCCCGAUCCGACCUUAGUCGUCCUUCUUUUUGUCUUGUCUUUGCUCUGGUACUGUACGUAUUGAUCACAGGUGGUGUGCCUCGAUCUCGAUUUACCCCCUCGGACUCCAUCCAUACAGACAUAGUCCCGUACUUCCAUUCCCUCCUUUCACAGCCAGAAAUUCUCUCCUAUUUCUCUUCCAUUUGCUGUCCUUUGAGCUCGUGCUUCUUUUGCUGCUUCCCCAAGUGUCCUCUUCGCCUGUUUCGAAGUUUUGGACGUGUUUCUCGCAUCCGUUUCGACCCUCGAUCUAAAACGACACCGGAAACUUUCCCGCCGCACGAUACGGGGUUUUCCUCGUCUUCUCCUACCAUCUUCCUUCUCCUCCCUCCCCGGCCUCCCCCCGUGUCGCUCAUCUGCCUCUUCUUUAAAUCCUCCUUUCCCUCGAUCCUCCUUCGUCCUCUGCGACUCCGCUCUUAUCGCAUUGAACUCCGUACCCGCGGGAACCCUUUUGUGCUCCUAUCAUGGUCCAGAGCCGGAUCAAUUCUUCGCAAUUGGUGGUCUAACGGUUGCUCAUCGCAUUCACAUGCUUACCUCGCAACUCAUUCUCCCUCAACAGCCACCUGGGUUUCGUUCUGUCUCUAUUCAAAUCACCCUGUCUCCCUUCACUGACCGACUCAUCCCUCUGCUCCGACCCGCACCAUGUCUCAGCAGGAUCUGGACCGUGCCUAUGGCCGAGCACCCAGCAGUGGCUCCCCCGAACAGCAUUCGGUCCACACCCGCUCUAGAUCGACCGCCCAUGCGCAAAGUCCAAAACGCUUGUCUGUCUUAAGUGGCCGGUCUCGCAGCAAUACAACGAAUUCCGCCACCUCUUCCCGUCGUUCACCUGGCUCGUCAAUGACCUCGGUCGAGGGACCCUCGCUGCCCGCUUACGAGGACCGGGCCGGUUCGUCAG